AUGCAAGGAGCAUUGCGAUCAUUUUUGUCGAACGGGAACGUCAUAAAGAAUGCUGUUUUGCAACGAGUUCGUAUGGUGAAUCCCCUGUUGCAGCCAGCUGCCUUUUCACGGUUUGAGUCCGUUACAUCUGCUCGUAUCGAGGAACAUGGUUUUGAGAGCACUACAAUUUCAGACAUCUUGCAAGGAAAAGGUAAAGGCGCAGAUGGCUCCUGGCUUUGGUGCACCACAGACGACACUGUCUAUGAAGCUGUGAAAUCGAUGACACAAAACAACGUCGGAGCUUUGGUGGUCGUGAAACCAGGCGAGGAGAAAUCAAUUGCUGGAAUUAUAACAGAGAGAGAUUACCUGAGGAAGAUCAUAGUGCAAGGAAGAUCAUCCAAGUCCACCAAGGUUGGCGAUAUUAUGACUGAAGAGAACAAACUUAUCACAGUUACCCCUGAUACCAAAGUUCUUCGAGCAAUGCAGCUGAUGACAGAUAACAGGAUCAGACACAUCCCUGUCAUAAGCGACAAAGAAAUGCUCGGUAUGGUGUCCAUUGGAGAUGUUGUUCGUGCUGUCGUGGGCGAGCAUCGUCAAGAGCUUGACCGCUUGAAUGCUUACAUACAAGGGGGUUAUUAG